AUGGUUAAGGUUAAAGUCGAAUUUUUAGGUGGACUUGAUGUCAUUGUAGGCAAAGAAAGAAUACAUAAAGUUGAAGUAACAAGAGAUGAUGGCAAUGCAGUAAACGUUGGUGAUUUAAUAGAUUACAUUGUUGCAAAAAUGAUUAAAGAAAAGAAUGACGUCGAAGUAUUUAUUGAUAAUGGUAGCAUCAGACCAGGUAUAUUGACUUUAAUUAACGAUACUGAUUGGGAAUUAGAAGGCGAAAAAGAAUAUGAGCUAGAUGAUGGUGAUGUUGUCUCAUUCACGUCGACUCUACAUGGUGGGUGA